AUGUCUGCCCUGCGCAGUUCAGCAGGGGCGGAACCCUGCAGCAUCACAAGUGGAGACACACGGAGUUCAGCCAGAAAGGGAACCUACAGCAGCACAAGCGGACACACAGGCGAUAAGCCAUACAAAUGUGAUGUCUGCCCUGCGCAGUUCAGCAGGGGCGGAACCCUGCAGCAUCACAAGUGGAGACACACGGGCGAGAAGCCAUACAAGUGCAAUGUCUGCCACGCAGAGUUCAGCCAGACCUGGGCCCUACAGCAGCACAAGCGGACACACACGGGUGAGAAGCCAUACAAGUGUGAUGUCUGCCACGCAGAGUUCAGCCUGAGAGGGAGCCUACUGCAGCACAUGCGGACACACACGGGCGAGAAGCCAUACAAGUGCGAUCUCUGUCCUGCAGUGUUCAGACAGUGCGGAACCUUGUCACGUCAUAAGCGGACACACACGGGAGAGCAGCCAUUAUCUUACAACCUCUGUCCUGCAGUAUUCAUCCAUAACUCAAACUUGCAGCGUGAUACAAGAGCAAGAGAAAGCACCGGUACCCUCCAUAUUAAGGACAAGCCCAGAUGCACUUGUGACCAAGUAUCUCCAGGUUGCACUUUCUCAAAUGCGCAGUUCAAGAUCAACACAGCAGCGGUUGAAGAGCGAUUAAACAAAAUUGCAGUAGUCACUAUGGAAGAUCCGCCCAAGGAAAGACCUACAGAAAAGAAGGUCGACCGGAAUGCGCAUCUACGGCUUCACAAGCCGACAGACAAGGGGGAGAAGCCAUACAAGUGUGAUGGCUGCCCUGCAAAGUUCAGCUGCAGCAGUGACCUGCGGCGCCAUAAGAUGACACACACCGGUGAGAUGCCAUACAAGUGCGACGUCUGUUCUGCAAAGUUCAGCCGGGGCGGGCACCUACGGGACCACAAGAGGACACACACUGGCGAGAAGGCAUACAAGUGCUAUGUCUGUCCUGCAGAGUUCACCCAGAGCUCACACCUGCAGCGUCAUAAAAAGACACACACGGGCGAAAAGCCAUACAAGUGUGAUGUCUGCCCUGCAAAGUUCAGCCGGAGCAGUGACCUGCAGCGCCAUAAGAGGACACACACCGGUGAGAAGCCAUACAAGUGCGAUGCCUGUCCUGCAAAGUUCAGCCGGAGCGGGCACCUACGGGACCACAAGCGGACACACACUUGA